AUGACAACCGUUGACAGCACAAACUUCCUUGCCAAUGGCGGGUACCUCCAAAAGGGGCGAGAGAAGAACCUCCGCCCGGUCGACUUGGGGAGGAAGACGUUGAGUUUGGCACCUUCCAGAUGGUAUCGCGACGAGAAGAUCUUCCAGCUCGAGCGGCGCGCGUUGUUUUCCACGCUGUGGCACGUGGCGAGUUUCAAGGCGCGCUUUCAGAAAGCAGGGGAUUACCUGACACUCGAGAUGUUUGGAUGGAACUUCUUCCUUAUCCGAGACAAAGACGGGAAUAUCAACGCAUUCCACAACAUCUGCCGGCAUCGAGGCCACCCGGUCACCCAGAAGUCCAGCGGAUCCAGCACGGUCCUGGCAUGUCGAUUUCACGGCUGGUCGUAUCUUCCCACCGGAGACUUACACAAAGCUCGAGAGUACAGCAAUCUUCCAGACUUUGAUCCCAAGCAAAAUUCGCUUUUCAAGAUCCACACCCAUGUGACCGCCCAGGGAUUCAUCUUUGUGAACUUCGAUGCAAGGGAGACUCCUGCGGUGAGUUUCGAGGAGCAAUUUGGUGACGACUUCGAUCCAGCGCCCACGACAAAGACAGGAAAGGAGAUUGGUGACGAGUUUGCGCUCUUUCCCAACGACGGAUGGGAGUAUGAUCAUACCUGGAAGAGUUCUGUGGCGGGAACCGAGUUCAACUGGAAAACUUUCGCGGAUGGAUUCCAGGAAUGCUACCACUGCCAGACAGGCCAUCCAACAACUCUGCCCAAGGACUUUGCACUAGACCAGUAUUACCUGCGGCAAGGAAUAGGAGCAUCUCGGCAUUUCCUGCCUCCCAAGAAAGAAGGUUUAUCAGAAGCAUAUAUCACCUGGUUGUUCCCGAUCGGUGCCAUCAUAUUUAGUGAUAACCUCUUGUUCAUUGCUCGCUUUAACGCAACGGGAGCACUUGAGACAUCGUAUCAAAGCGAAACCUAUCGGAGGUCGAGUAUGCAGAAACCUAGUGCGGAGUACGACCAUUGGAUGGAACAUGACAUUGGAUAUUGGCGAUUCGUCGAGACUGAGGACGUUGAAUUGGCCAUUAACGCCCAGAAAGGGUUCCAAUCUGGGGUUCUGGGGUUAGGCAGACUGCACUCGAUUGAAGAACACGCGGUCAAAUGGUAUCUUGACAAGGUACGGACUGUGCUAGUGGGACACGCCGAGGCGGAGAAAGCAGAAGGUAAAAAUAUCGAUUUUUCAGUUCCCAAGGCGCAGAGCGAGGCGGCUGAGCAGGACGAACUCUGCCUGUUACCAUACCACAUCACAUCAACGUCGUCGCUCCCUUUCUCGAAUUGCACCGGGAAGAAGCGUAUGACCCGAAGACUCACCAUCACUGGCAGCCGCUCCGAGAUGGGCCUGCUUGAAGACUCCCCUGUUGAGCCCGAGACACCUCCGCCCAGUUGGUCACCCGCCAGCCGCGACUUUUGGAAGAAGCCUUCAAGAUGGCAGAUUUGCAUGCCCCGGUUACGUCUGGUGCUAAAAGUAAUCGCCACGUUUGCCGGCUUCAUUUUGUUCGUCAAGAUAAUGAGUGCAACACCUCCCGCUCCACCGCCUGAACCCGCACCAGAAAUACCAGAAGUUCCUCAAGGACCAGAUAUCCCUGAAAUCAUAGAGACCCCAGAGAUCACGGAGCCUCCACCUCCACCGCCAACCGAGGAUGAGUUGAUGGAAAUGACACUGGAGAACUCAAAGAAAGAGCAAUGGAUAUGGAAAGACUUUCCAACGCAUGACGGUUUGACGCGUGGAACGUCACAUCUGCGCGCUUGUGAGACUGGUGAAAUCGACUGCAAAAAGACGAGUCCUCUCCUUGUUCGCUAUGAUGGUUAUCGAGCUUUUCAGGAACCCUUGGAACACAUCGUAUCCUGCGUUGGUCCGCGUGGUGUGCCAUUGAACGAGAGCUAUGAAGACGCCGUUUGGGCGUAUCCUGGUCAAGCAAAUGGUGCCGUCGAGCCUAGCCUUGGAUCGUAUGAGGCGUCUGGCUUGGAUGGGAGUGUAUCUUUUGAUCGCGUUGGUCGUUUUCAGGCGUAUGGCCUCGAUCAGUGGGAUGCUGCUGAUGUCCAAGAAAUGAAGAAGAUGAGCGACGUCGACUGGGACGUGGUUGACUGGGGUGAAUUACAGGAUGACUGUGCUGUCGUCAACAGACACCGUUUUCGGCCACUUAAAGAGCGACCUGCUAACUCGAUUCAAUAUUCCAAUCUUCGACACAAACAUGACAAAUCUUCGUCCAGAACGCUCUCCUCGACGCUAGAACCCGGCAUGGUCAACAAGGCUAAGCGCACGGCGAUUCUCAUUCGUGUUUGGACCGGUGCAAAAUGGACUGCCGACGCCGUGAUGAAUAUUCGCGCAAUGAUUGCAGAGGCUUCUUUGGCCAGCGGAGGGAAGUAUCAGGUAUUUCUUCUUCUCCAUGUCAAGGACGAACAUAUCCCACUCUUUGUUGGCGAGGACGAGCCGAGAGCAACGAUCGAGAAGCACAUCCCACCCGAGUUUCGAAGCAUGACAGAGGUCUGGAACCACGCUCAGAUUCGCAGCUUGUAUUCAAACCUCGCUGAACAUGCUUUUGUUGGCCGAUCGCCCUGGAUGAUCAUCCAAUGGUUUGCUCGCAAUCACCCGGAGUUCGAUUUCUUUUAUCAAUGGGAGUUCGACGUGCGCUAUACCGGCCACUACUUGGACUUCUUCGAAGCAGUGGAAAGUUUUGGGCGCAACCAACCCCGAAAAGGCAUCUGGGAACGAGCAGGGAGAGUCUAUAUCCCCUCCGUCCAUGGCGACUUUGACACCGAUUUCCGCAAUUUAACCACAGAGGAAGAUCCUCACCAUGUGUGGGGGCCGGUGUCCGUCGAAGGGGUCAAACCUCGUGGUCCUAAGCCGCCAAAAGAGGACGAAGAUAAUUUCGAAUGGGGUGUCGGUGAAGAUGCUGACUGGAUUGGCUUUCUCCCAAGCUUUAACGUGACUGGCACUGGCUGGUGGUUCCGCAACUACCUCUGGGGUUAUGCCCAGGGCUCGUCGACACCGAGGAGGGCCACUCUCAUUGCGCAAGGCAGAGUCAGUCGACGCGUUCUGGAAAUCAUGAAUUAUGAAAAUGCAGAGAAUGGGCAUCACAUUGACGCAGAGAUGUUCCCUCAGACCAUGUGUCUCCACCACGGGCUGAAAUCCACCACAUUCCCGCACCCUAUUUUUGCCGAUCGAUUUUGGACUCCCGAGGCGUUGCAAUCAACGUUCAACGGGGGACCCUUUGGCCAGGCUGGAGGCUAUUGGAAUAGCACCUUUAGCAAGUGGAACGAACAUGCGUGGACCAACAUGACGUGGUACUACAGCUCUGCUCAAGCCAUGCCGAUUUUCCAACGCCUCCUCGGUAUCACAGCGCUCGAAAGCGGUGGUCAAGAAUGGGAGGAUGUGUACGGCCGUACAGUCGUUCGCCCCAUGCUACUUCAUCCUGUCAAGGGUGCGAAAACCUGGCAAUGGACUGCAGAUGGAUGGAAGCAGACCAAGGCUCGAACCUGA